AUGGCAAUUGUUCUGAGAUUUGUUGAUAUUGAUGGUGUUUUACAAGAAAGAUUCUUUGACUUGGUACAUGUGAGGAACACAAAAGCUCUAACGCUGAAAGCGGAGAUAUGCUAUGUAUUGUCUACCUAUGGUUUUGAUGUGCAGAACCUUCGAGGUCAAGGUUAUGAUGGUGCUAGUAAUAUGAGGGGGGAGUUGAAUGGACUGCAAGCACUUGUUCUUAAAGAAUGCCCUUAUGCUUAUUAUGUCCAUUGCUAUGCACAUCGUUUACAACUUGCUUUGGUUGCUGCAGCAAAGGAUGUUGUUCCUGUUACUCAGUUUUUUCAGAAGUUACUCUUUAUUGUGAACACAGUUGACUCGUCAGCAAAGCGGCAUGAUGAGCUUCAUGAUGCCCAAGUGGUUGAACUUGCACGGUUGUUGGCUGUUGAUGAGCUUGAGACAGGUCAAGGGGCAAAUCAAAUCCGCUCACUAAAACGUCCAGGAGACACUAGGUGGGGUUCACACUUAGGUUCAAUUUCGAGCCUUAUGGACAUGUUUAAUCCAGUAAGUACAGUUUUGCAAAAUUUAGCUGCUGACUCAACAGCUGGUACAAAUCGUGCUGAUGGGGAUACUUCUUUCAACUACAUGAUAUCUUUUGAGUUUGUAUUUAUUCUAUGUCUCAUGAGAGAAAUAUUGGAGAUCACCGAACAACUUGGUCAAGCUCUCCAAAAGAAAUCACAGGACAUAGUAAAUGCUAUCCGUCUUGUGCAAACAACAAAAAUUCUUCUUGAGAAAAUGAGAUCAGAUGAUGGUUGGGAAACUUUUAUUUGCAAGGUUAUGGAGUUCUGUGUGGACCAUGAUAUUGAUAUCCCGAACAUGGAUGAAACAUACAUUUUACGUGGUGGCCGUGCUCGUCGUCAACCUAAUCAUUUUACCACAGAUCAUUUCUUUAGAGUGGAGGUAUUUCGGGCAACACUUGAUACUCAGUUGGCUGAACUAAAUCUGAAGUUUAAUGAGAAGGUGAUUGGUCUUUUAUCCAUUUGUGUCACAUUGGUUCCAAAAAAUGGUUUUGCAUCUUUCCAAUCUAGUGAGAUUUGUAAGAUGGUUGAGAAGUACUAUCCAGCUGAUUUUAACCAACAAGAAAUAAUUGGAUUGGAGUACCAAUUAAACCAUUUUGUUGUGGAGGCUUCUAGAAGUGAUGACCUCAAAAGAAUUGCAACUUUAGCCGAGCUUUGCAAAUGUCUUGUUAACACAGGACGUCAUAGAGUCUUCAACUUGGUUGAUCGGUUACUUCGGUUGCUUGUCACUCUUCCGGUUUCAACUGCUACUGCUGAGCGUGCUUUUUCUACCUUGAAGAUCAUUAAAACAAGGCUACGCAACAGAAUGGAAGAUGACUUUCUCGCUAAUAGCAUGCUAGUGAAUAUAGAAGCUGAAAUUCUUGGGGACUACAAUUAUGAAGACAUAAUUCAUGAUUUUAUUGAUGUGAAGAAACGAAAAGUACACUUUUGA